AUGGUUAGCAAAAUAGGUGACAGCUUACUGGGUGGGGCACACGUGGAGACCAGAAAUCCCGUUCACUGUGUCUCCACCUUCAGCGGAAAAAGCAAACGAGAACAGGCCGACGGCCCGCCCCGGCUGAGGGAGGCCUGCGGUGGCCGGGAGGGCAGGGAGGCCGUGGGGAGAGCCUUACGGUCUGUUUCUGUUCCCGUGCCUUACUUCCUCCAGCCGAAACAGCUUCCCGACAAGUGGCAGCACGACCUUUUCGACAGCGGCUUCGGCGGUGGUGCCGGCGUGGAGACGGGUGGGAAGCUGCUGGUGUCAAAUCUGGAUUUUGGAGUGUCAGACGCCGAUAUUCAGGAACUCUUUGCUGAAUUUGGAACGCUGAAGAAGGCAGCUGUGCACUAUGAUCGCUCUGGCCGGAGUUUAGGUACGGCAGAUGUGCAUUUUGAGCGGAAGGCAGAUGCCUUGAAGGCGAUGAAGCAGUACAACGGCGUCCCUCUGGACGGGCGCCCCAUGAACAUUCAACUCGUUACAUCACAGAUUGAUACACAGCGAAGACCUGUCCAGAGUGUAAACAGGGGUGGCAUGACUAGAAACCGUGGCUCCGGAGGUUUUGGUGGUGGUGGCGGCACCCGGAGAGGGACCCGUGGAGGCAGCCGGGGUAGAGGCCGAGGCACUGGCAGGAAUUCAAAGCAGCAGCUUUCUGCAGAGGAGUUGGAUGCCCAGCUGGAUGCCUACAAUGCCAGAAUGGACACCAGUUAAACAGACCAGCAAAUCCGUGCAUGGAACAGGACCCAGAUUUCUCGUCUGUGCUCCCUGGUGGGAGGAAGGGCGACUGGGCUGUGCGGCCAAUGAUGGAUUUGUUUCUUUUAUGUUUUAAAAUAGGAUUUAAAAACUCAUGUAAAGUUUUUUCUUUUUUUUUUUCUUUUUUUUUUUUUUUUUAAUUCUGGAACAGACCUGUUUUGUACUGAGUUAUUUUUGGGAUAAAUUUUACUGGUUGCUGUUGUGGAGGGGGUGGCAUUUCCACCUCUUCCAUAAUAAAAUAGAAACGUGUGUAGACCUGGA